CCCCGGCCGGCACCCGCUGCGUUGCUUCCUGCUCAGACCGGAGCAACGCGGUUUUCUGCCUCUGUCUGUGGUGGCUGAUGGAGGAGGAGGAGGAGGAAGCGCAGGCGCUGCUGGCCGGCGGCCCCGACCAGGCCCGCGGUGGAGCCCCCGCCGCCCCCGGCGCGCUGUCGGCGCUUUGCGACCCCAGCCGCCUGGCGCACCGGCUGUUGGUGCUGCUGCUGAUGUGCCUGCUUGGCUUCGGUAGCUACUUUUGCUAUGAUAAUCCUGCUGCCCUUCAGACUCAGAUUCAAAGGGAUAUGAAGGCAAAUACCACAAAAUUCAUGCUGCUGUAUGCCUGGUAUUCUUGGCCCAAUGUUGUUUUGUGUUUCUUGGGUGGCUUUUUGAUAGACCGAGUAUUUGGAAUACGAUGGGGCACAAUUAUUUUCAUCUGCUUUGUUUGCAUUGGUCAGGUUGUUUUUGCUCUGGGUGGAAUAUUUAAUGCUUUUUGGCUGAUGGAAUUAGGAAGGUUUGUUUUUGGGAUUGGUGGAGAGUCCUUAGCAGUUGCCCAGAAUACAUAUGCUGUAAGCUGGUUUAAAGGCAAAGAAUUAAACCUGGUGUUUGGACUCCAGCUCAGCAUGGCUAGAAUUGGAAGCACAGUAAACAUGAACCUCAUGGGAUGGCUGUAUUCACAGAUUGAAUCUUCUUUGGGUUCUGCUGGCCCCACAACCCUGGGGGUAACAUUGUUGAUUGGGGGUGUAACCUGUAUUCUUUCACUGAUCAGUGCUUUGGCCCUUGCUUACUUGGAUCAGAGAGCAGAGAAAAUUCUUCAUAAAGAACAAGGGAAAACAGGUGAAGUUAUUAAAUUAACUGAUAUAAAGGACUUCUCCUUACCCCUCUGGCUGAUAUUUAUCAUCUGUGUCUGCUAUUAUGUUGUGGUGUUCCCUUUUAUUGGACUCGGAAAAGUUUUCUUUACAGAGAAAUUUGGAUUUUCUUCCCAGGCAGCAAGUGCGAUUAACAGUGUUGUAUAUGUCAUCUCAGCUCCCAUGUCCCCAUUAUUUGGACUGUUGGUGGAUAAAACAGGGAAGAACAUCAUCUGGGUUUUGUGUGCAGUGGCCACCGCUCUUGUGUCCCACAUGAUGCUGGCCUUCACCAUGUGGAACCCUUGGAUUGCUAUGUGUCUCCUGGGACUCUCCUAUUCACUACUUGCCUGUGCGUUGUGGCCAAUGGUGGCAUUUUUAGUUCCUGAACAUCAGUUGGGAACUGCCUAUGGCUUCAUGCAGUCCAUUCAGAAUCUUGGGUUGGCGAUUAUUUCCAUUAUUGCUGGCCUGAUAUUGGAUACUCGGGGGUAUUUAUUUUUAGAAGUUUUCUUCAUUGGCUGUGUUUCUUUGGCACUUUUAUCUGUGGUCUUACUUUAUUUGGUGAAUCAUGCCCAGGGGGGGAACCUAAAUUACUCUACAAAACAAAGGGAAGAAAUGAAGCUUUCUCAUACCGAAUGAGAAGUUUAAAUGACUGUGUCAUGACAAUGGGAUGCACACAUUGAUUUGAAAACCUCCAUAGAUACGUUUUUUAAUGUACAGUUUAGUCAUGAGGAAAAAUAAUGAGUGGGAAGUCAUCUUUUUUGUUUCAGAUGAACCUUUUUUAAAGUAUGUGAAGACUGUUAGCCUGUGUCUUUUGUAUUGUGUGUUGCUGAGGAAUUCUGCUUUAAAAUAAAUAGAUGAAUCAACCAUGAGCAGUUCCGGAAAUUGUUCUGCAACAUCCGGGUAAAUUUCAGGAAGGACAGUUAAAUAAUAUAAAAUAAUAGAUCUUGUAUUGAGAUAAUCUUUAAUAAGUACAUUUUGGGGGUUGUAGACUUUUGUGUAACUUCAGAAACUAGGGAAUAGAAGGGCUAUUUCAUAUGAGUAAAUGAGGGCACUUUAUGAGGCAUUCCCUCUGUGAUAAAGAAAAUGGUAGGGAUUCUCUUCAUGUUACCACUAGCAGAUUGUUUUCUGUUGUACUUAGAAGGGUUACUGAGUAAUUGACCUUUCAAGUUUCUCUUCUGAGGACCCAAAUCACCUGAGAUAUAGUUUUAUAGGAUCACUUUUUGUAGUUUUUUCUUAUGGACCAGCUAGUAACUAAAAAGCAUUCUUAAAUAUAUAAUUUUAUAUCUACAUGGAUAAAUAAAAGCAUUGCAAAAUAUA